CAUGGCAUGAAAACACCACAACAACCUGCGAGCAAUGGAGAGCUGGAAGAAUGGUCGCGAGCAGCUACUCGAGCAACUCACAACAGUUUGCAACCAAAUUGGGAGCAACCUACGGACUGAGCUUGAUGACGAGAAGUUUACGACGAUCAGUCGAGAAGAGCUCGACUUACUCCGCACGAAUUCCGCGAGCGUAGGUCCAGUAAACGAGCAGAAUCACCGUCUUGGGGAGCAAAUUGAAAAGUACAGAGCGAUCGCGGCUCGAGUCGACGGACUCGAGACGGAGAAUAAACGCCUCGCGGCAGAGCUGCAGCAACAUCUACAGACACGACAAGAAGGUCUCGCAACACCCAAAAUUCGCCUCGGUCCCAAGGAGAGUCUGAACACGACUCCAGCAGCCACCAAUCCUCCGUCUUCAGCGGCUAGAAUUGAGUGCGACGAGACCAAACCUGUUGCGCCGGAAAAGUACCAAGCAUUGGCUUUGAAGUAUAAUAAACUAUGUGAUGAAUACAAGAAAGUCAAGGAUGCACGGAAGACGUUGGAAGAUGCAUAUAGAGCUGAGAAAGACACAGGGAAGGGAUGGAACGCUUUCAAGGAAGAGGUGGAAAAGUCUAUGGCUAAAAAGGAAGCCAAAAUCAAGAGACUGGAAGCCGAGUUGCAGGUAUUCAAGCACACACAGCGCGAGAUUCGAGGACUAGAAACCAGCAUACCAACCGAUCGACGUCCUGCGUCAUCUCUUCCUGCUCAACUGGCCAAGCAGUCCUCUCUGGAAGAAGUUGAUGCCGAGAUACCCCGAAGUAGUCCGAUCAGUGACCAGGAAGAUCCAUUGGCUGAUACUAGGGGAGUUGGAUGUGGUGCCUUUGACGUGGAUACUGGAAUUGCUCUCGAGGAGGAACCAGUCUUGCCCAAACAUCGUGAAAACACCAUCCAAGUUGAGGAGACACAAUAUGUCGGACUCGAAGCACACCAUACCAGUUCAACAGAAGACACUGACCCGAUGUCUGGCUCCAGAGGUAUGGACGAAGAAACGCCUGAACUCUUGAUUCGCAGAUCACCGUCACCCGAGACACCAGUUGUCAUUUCGUCCCGGAGCGUCAAGAAACGGAAAACCCGUCACGAAUUGUCUCAGCAAACCCCAGCCUCCAAAAUCAAAUCAGAGGUGAUUCUCAGUAGCCCAAUGGGAUUGGCAAACUUCUUCUCUGUCAAUGAAAGCCUGGACCUGGACGACAUUGGCGAGAAGGUUGAUACUCCAAGAAAGCACCGCCGCUUACAGCAGGAGUUUUCUCGGCAGGCUUCCAGAGGUCCUCUGCAAUCACUAGAAUCUCUCACUCGACGUCGGAGCGAAGAUCCAGACUUUAAUGACACCAGGAUCACUACAAAGAGUACGCCAAUUCGCGCUGCAGGUUCUGUACUACAGUCUAGGAGCACAAACGAGCAGAUCUUACCAAGAACCUCAGACAGCAGGGGACCCAAAAAGCGCCGCAUCGCUAGUGACAAGGAUGUGGAAACUCUGAUGGAGGAUGGAGAGCUCGUCACGCCGGUACGAGGAAGCAAACGGACUUCUGAUGGUGGUGAACGCUUGAUUGAUCUUCUGUCCAAACCAUCUCCACCAAGGCAACCCAUCAGUCCAGUUGGUGAACAUGCUACAAACCAGCAGCCAACAUGGUCGCAUCGGCCUACUACAACAUCAGGUCUAGCUCGUGAGAUUACAAGAUUGCCACUUGAGACGAAAGACUUUGAUGGUCGUUCUGCGACCUCUUCACGGCCAUCGUCCAAGGGCUCUGCCAUCGGCCAAUUGGAAUCCUCCCGGCCGUCGUCAAGAGGCACAUCACGAACUUCUGUUGAGCCUCCCAGACCAGUUUCCAGAGGAGCAAAGAAAUCACUUGAAGCGAAAACAUCGUCCAAAGCCUCUCCAAGAUCUAAAGAACUAGUUGCAAGAGCAUCAAAUACACCAACACAUUCUCCGCCUCUACCUCCUUUGCUAGCUAGACCUCUACCAUCUCGAAGAGACCCAGAAGGAUCAUUCUCACCGAAGCCACGCCUUCUCAAUAUCCAACAGGUUGAUUCUGCUCGCAAGUCCAAGAGCAGUGUUGCGUCAGCUACAAAGCCUCGCCGAGAAAAAAUUGCCAACAUGACACUCACAGAUUGGGAAAAGGACCCUGAGCAGGAACCUUUUCGAAAUCGCCCCAUUGAGACACUGCGUCUUCAAGAUUUCAAAGUCAAUCCAGAAUACAACCAAGGCUAUGACUACGCCUUCCGGCAAGUGGUGCGAGGUAAUGCACGACACUCGCUAGAAGGCUGCACGAAACCCGAGUGUUGCGGGCAUCAAUUCCGUGCUCUGGCUGAAAUAAACACAGCGAAAUCUCCGACGGCAUCACAAGAGGAAAGGGACGACAAGCUCUUGCAUGAGUACAUGGGCGAUAAUGCAUACAAGCUCCGCAACAUGAGCAUAGUAGACAGAAACGAGCUUUUGUUGCAAGCCAAGACAAGAGAAAUAUCCAAUGAGCAUGGAAGACAUCGACACGCUUAUGCAAGACCUGUUAGCCCUCCAGGUUAUUGGAGAAACGAUUUUCCAACCACGCAGGAGCAGAGAGCUGAUCUUGAAAAGGUCAAGGAGAACGAGAAGGAAUUAAUAGCUGAGCGCUAUAGGGAGGCAAUGAGGCCGGGUGGACGAUAUAUCUUUAGGGACGAGUGAUUGUACUCAUUAUGUGGGCUCUGGAUUUGGUAAUUGGUUUUGGGCUGAGAGUGAAGAGUGAAGAAGGUAUUAUCUUAAAGCGUGGAAUUUUGAGCUGGAGGUGUGAGAAGCAUGAUCUAUUCUUUGCUUGUGCUUGGGGCUCCGUGUUUGAUGAGUUUUAUCUAGCAAGCAAUGUCAUGAGCCCGAACGAAUCGAGCCUGUUGGCAUAGAAGUCUCCCUUGCUGGGAGUAAAUUGAUGAAUAUUGAAUCUCC